GCUGGUUCUUUGUCGGUUAAUAUGGUGCGUGGCGGCAUAGUUGUAGAAGAAGCUAAAAAAGGUGGUGGGGGUGAGAGUGAAGUUUGUUUUAGUGCUUCUUCUUGGAAUCCAAAGGGUGCAUUUUGGAAAGCCUAGGUGGCUAUAAAUGAGACAAAAAAAAUUAAAGCCAAUUAAUGACAUUUUUGUUUCCUCCUUUAUCUUCCUUUUCCCAGGUUCGAAUUUAAUCGGAGGAAACAGACCAGCCACGAGGAAAAAAGCUGCCGUAACAGCAUCUAAAGGAUCCUUCGAGGGGGGGGAAGCAGCAGCUACCAACCCAACCACUUGUGUCUUCUCUGCCCCACCGCCCUAUCUUGUUUCCCGCCCCUUCUCCCAGCCCAACCUGCUUGGGACUAAAAUCUGGCUGAAGGACCAUCACCACAAAAUCUAUCAAAAAUAAUCAACCACCCUUCCUCCAACUCCUAAGUCCCGUCAAAGCUGCCCAUCCAGCGUCUCCUUUUUGAAUCCACUCAGUUUUUUUUGUUGUUGUUUCUAAAACCCUCUCCUUAAGUGGAGGGGGGGUAAUGAAUCCUGAGUUGGCUUUAUUUUUUUAAAGAGACUUUUUGAUCCAAUGAGGCCCCCAAGUAAUUAAGCUUUGGGUCCUGGUUGGUUUUAUUUUUUCUCCAAAUUUUAACCCCCCCUGAGCCUGAGGUGCUGACGUCGCAAAAAAAUUGGAUAGUAUUAUCAUCAUGGGCUCUGGCCCCAUUGACCCUAAAGAACUCCUUAAGGGUCUAGACAGCUUCCUUGGUAGGGAUGGAGAGGUCAAAAGUUCAGAGGGAAUCACCAAGAUCUUUAGCCUGAUGAAGGAAGCUCGAAAGAUGGUGAGCCGCUGUACGUACCUAAAUAUUCUCCUGCAGACACGUUCACCAGAUGUACUGGCCAAGUUUAUCAGAGUUGGUGGUUACAAGCUCCUUAAUAACUGGCUAACUUAUUCAAAGACGACCAACAACAUACCUCUCUUACAACAGAUUCUGCUUACCCUACAGCACCUACCCCUUACUGUAGACCAUCUUAAACAGAACAACACAGCAAAACUUGUGAAGCAGCUGAGCAAGUCAAGUGAGGAUGAAGAACUCCGGAAACUAGCUUCAGUCCUUGUCAGCGACUGGAUGGCUGUCAUCCGUUCUCAGAGUAGUACCCAGCCCACUGAGAAAGAUAAGAAGAAAAGGAAGGAAGAGGGGAAAGGACGAGCUGCUCCUCUUGAACGACCUCUCCCUGAAGUGAAGACAGAAACAAGAACUGAGGAGGCACCAGAGAAAAAGAAGGAAAAACCUAAAUCGUUGCGAACCACAGCUCCUAGCCAUGCCAAGUUCCGUUCCACUGGUUUGGAGCUAGAGACACCAUCUCUAGUGCCUGUAAAAAAGAAUGCCAGUGCUGUAGUUGUUUCUGACAAGUACAACCUUAAACCCAUCCCUCUCAAACGUCAGAGUUCUGCAGCUGCACCUGGUGAUGUGGCUCCCCCAGCUGAAAAGAAAUACAAACCACUCAAUACAACACCUAAUACCACCAAAGAGAUUAAAGUGAAGAUUAUACCCCCACAGCCUAUGGAGGGCCUGGGUUUCCUAGAUGCCCUCAAUUCUGCCCCUGUACCAGGCAUCAAAAUCAAGAAAAAGAAAAAGGUUCUGUCACCCACGGCUACUAAGCCAAGCCCCUUUGAGGGAAAACAAAGCACUGAGCCAAACACAGUCAAACCUUCUUCACCAGAGCCAACGGCCCCUACUGAGGCCAUAGACAUAGAGCGACCUGGAACCCCUGUCCCUCCUGUUGAAAUUCCAGAGCUUAUGGACACAGCCUCCUUGGACACAGGAGUGCUGGAUGCAAAACCAGUGGAGAGCCCUGGGGAUCCAAACCAGUUGACAAGGAAGGGCCGGAAGAGAAAGACUGUGACAUGGCCUGAAGAAGGUAAACUGAGAGAAUACUUUUACUUUGAACUGGAUGAGACUGAGCGAGUUAAUGUGAACAAGAUUAAGGACUUUGGUGAGGCAGCUAAGAGAGAAAUAUUGUCAGACCGUCAUGCCUUUGAGACAGCUCGGCGUCUGAGCAAUGACAAUAUGGAAGAGAAGGUGGCCUGGGUAUGUCCCCGGCCUCUGGCCUUACCUUCACCCCUUGUGUCUCCGGGUGGUAAUAGUCAAGAGCGAUAUGUCCAGGCUGAACGUGUGAAAGGAAUCCUGCAGGAGCUCUUCUUAUCCAAAGAGAGUGUCCCUGACAGUCCCCAUGAGCCUGACCCUGAAUCAUAUGAACCUGUCCCUCCAAAACUCAUUCCUUUGGAUGAGGAAUGUUCCCUGGAUGAGAAUCCAUAUUCUGAGGCAUUAGAGACUGGUGGACCAGGGGGUUCCCCUGAUGGGACAGGUGGCUCCAAGUUGCCUCCUGUCUUGGCCAAUCUAAUGGGAAGUAUGGGUGCUGGAAAGAGCCCCCAGGGUCCAGGAGGUGGUGGCAUCAAUGUCCAGGAGAUCCUUACCUCAAUAAUGGGAAGUCCCAAUAGUCAUCCCUCAGAGGAGCUGUUGAAACAACCAGACUACUCGGAUAAGAUCAAGCAGUUGCUGGUGCCCCAUGGGAUUUUGGGACCUGCCCCAAUGGCUAAUGGUUUCCCACCUGGAGGCCCAGGGGGCCCCAGUGGCCCUAAACAUUUCCCCCCUGGCCCUGGAGGGCCUAUGCCAGGUCCCCAUGGAGGUCCUGGUGGUCCAGUAGGUCCACGACUUUUGGGCCCACCUCCCCCUCCCCGUGGUGGUGACCCCUUCUGGGAUGGUCCAGGAGAUCCAAUGCGAGGAGGUCCAAUGAGAGGAGGACCUGGGCCUGGGCCUUAUCAUCGAGGCCGAGGGGGUCGAGGUGGGAAUGAACCUCCUCCAUUUCGAGGAGGUCGAGGAGGCCGCUCUGGGGGAGGACCUCCCAAUGGACGAGGAGGCCCUGGUGGAGGAAUGGGUGGUGGUGGUGGCCACCGUCCCCAUGAUGGCCCUGGUCAUGGUGGACCCCAUGGUCAUAGGCCUCAUGAUGGCCCUGGCCAUCGAGGCCAUGAUCACCGAGGUCCACCCCCACAUGAGCAUCGUGGCCAUGAUGGGCCUGGUCAUGGAGGUCACAGAGGACAUGAUCCCCAUGGCCAUGGAGGAGAUAUGUCAAGCCGCCCUGUGUGCCGACACUUCAUGAUGAAGGGCAGCUGCCGCUACGAGAACAACUGUGCCUUCUACCAUCCAGGUGUCAAUGGGCCACCUUUGCCCUAAGGGUACCUAUCUGUGGUACUCUAUGAACUACAGCCUCCUUCCCUCCUUGGCCCUUUCGUCCUGUUAUGGCUUCUGUGAGGCCCAUCUUUCCCUUUCCCCAGCUGAUGAGCUGGACUCCUUCCCUCACCCAGUUGGGGUUUUGGGGAUUUUCUAAUCACUGGUGCGCAUUGUUGUACAUAUUUUCCUCCAGUCAGGGGAAGAGAAAGACUGAUACAACUUGUACCCCUGAACUGAUGAAGAGGAGAUCUAGUGGGCUUUGCCCUGUGAGGGGCACCUAGCCCUAACCUCCUUCCAGUAUUAUCCUGGACCCUGCAUAUAUACCUAUGACUGGUUGUCCUGAGAGGGAAGACCCCUCUACAACCAAAAUAGAAAAGGUGAACCUUUUCUAUUUUGGUCACUCACAUGAACAGUCCCCUGAUAUGGUGUCUAUUGCACUUAAUUGUGAAAUCACCCUAUAACCAAACAGGUUCAUUCAUGUGGGAUGGGGAUGUAAUGAGAAAUGCCCUCUUAUCAAACUUGAGAGAGCUCCUCCUAGGGAACUGAGAGGCUAGGUGUGAAUUAUCCAACACAUUCUAUGCCCUCCUUCCUUUUUUUCCUAGAUAAUAUAUACAUUAGGACCUGUUCUUUGCACUCUUUGAAUCCUUUUUAACAAUAUGACACUGCAGCCUUGUAUGAGCACCCAGACCAGCUUUAUCAGUCCUUUAUCUCUUUUGACAAAAGUCAUCUAUAUUCUUUAUUUUUUUCAGCUGGUAUAGGUGAGACCCUUGGUGUCAGAACUCCCUUCUAACUGGGAGAUCUGUAAAACACUCUUAAGAGACUACUUUGUCAAUAUGUCAGUGAUCCUAAGUCUGACAUGUCACACUACAUGCACUGCCUUUUGAGAGUUUUUCAGCUCCAGUCCCUCUUAACCCCAAACCAUGUCAGUGUGAGGCCUCUCCAGUCUACCCCAUCAGUCACUUCUAUAAUUCCCCACCCGGCUCUUUCCAGGGUAGAUCCUGGACAGUAUUGCUGCCCUUUCCCAAUUUUCUUUGCCCCAUCCCAGCGUCAGUUGUUUUCUGUGAAAACGGCAGUGGAUGGAUCGGGUUUUGUGCAGGGCCCCAGGUAUAGAGCCACAAUGGAUUGAGGAUGAUUAUUUUCUUUUGGUUUUGUAUAUUUUGUACAUUAAUAAUAAACAGUGGAAAGAGAAGCUUAUUUAAACUCUUGUGUGCCUUGAUUCCUUUGUAAGGACGAAGGACAAACAAGUGUGGUAUAUAGUAGGUCAUAGUCCUAGGUUUCAAUGUUUUCCCAUUGUAAAAUAGGAAAAAUUAUAAACUUGGUAAGUUAGUGUGAACUAACAACUGAAUCUGAUAUGUAAUUAAUUAUUGUAUGAGACAGUAAAGGAAAAAGAGUAUGUAGAGCUGGAAUCCUAAUAGUGGAUCGAGAAAAGGGCUUGAUAGAUAGCUCCUUAUACAUUCUGAAGGCAUGAGGCCAGUUAAAUUAUUCCAGAGUUGAGAAAGGAGAGGGUCUUAUGAAAAUUAUUUAAAAAAAAAAAAAAAAGUAAAACCUCAGCAAACUUUUUGUCCAUGCUGCAUUGUAAUUGCACUUCAUAUUUUGUAGGUUCAGUUCAAAAUGUUUGUCAGAAAGGGGUAGAUAGAGAUUCAUGGUCAUUCCUUGGCUAGUCAUUGCAUCAAUCAAGAGUUCUUCAGUCUUUCCAAGUUGCUCUUUUUUACAGUGAUUUUAUGUAAAUGAUUUGGGUUCUGUUCAUUCCUAUUCAACUAAUACGGGUUUUCCUCCUUGUAUUCGUUUCUUUAAAGUACAAUAGUUUUCUGCUAUAUUCUUAUAGUACAAUUUGUUUAGCCAUUGCCCAGAUAGAUGGGCACAACUUUAGUUUCCAGUUGUCACCACAGAAAGUAUAUUUUUGUAGAUAUCUUUUUCCUUUGAUGAGAAUAUUGUACUUUUAAAGAAUUGGGUGUCGCCACCAAUUUCCUGAUGUGCUUUUCCUCCUUUUAUCCAUCUGCCUUUCUUCCUUCCCUGCAAAAUGCCCUUAUAAGUUUUAAAUAAAUUCUAAAAUGUUUAUUAAA